AUGAACUGGAGGAUGUUUACAGUUUUAAUGCCAGGAGAGUCAUUGCCAGUCCUACCUUCAGUGACUCUUGUUGGUGCUACUUCUUCAGUGCAUGUCCCACCAGAGCCGCCACCUAGAAUUAUGAUUGAGCCUCGAGAUCCAGGAGUGGAGAUUGAGAGUAGUAAGUUGAGUCCGAGUUUGAUGAAGAUGACGAGGGAGACUCUGAGCAGAUGA